AUGGCACAGGAGAAGGCGACGGUGGUAGGUCACUCAAUCAACCUGGCCAGACAGCCCUUUGUGGACACUCUCGUCCCUUCGCCUCAUUGUUUGGUCCUGUUGCUGACUGGCUGUGUGUGCAGCAUGUGAGAGUGGACCGCGCCGAAGCGCCCGACAAGAAUCUCCUUUACACCAAGGGCGAGAGGCGCUAUGCGAGGGAUCGGCGGCCGACCAAAUACACAGACGCACACCAACUCAUGGAGGUGAAUGCCACAAGCAAUUAAGCGAUCAACUUGAUCAUUUAUCUCGUCUUAACACGUGUGUGUGUGUGUGUGUGUGGUUUGUGCAGCAUAUUCGGAAGGAGGGCCUGAAGGAAAAGAUGACUGUAGAGUUCGCCGGGGGCCGCGCCGAGCCGCAGAUGCUCGACGAGGCCAUCCGCGCGGGCAUGGGCGUCGACUGGGCGGUGGAGGAGAGAAACGUGGACGUGGAGGAGGAGGUGGACGAGGAGGAGGCCAUCGACGGCGGGGAGGAGGGCGACGGCACUAUGGCCGAGAAGAAGAAAAAGAAGAAAAAGAAGAUAAUCAUAAUCAUCAUCAUCAUAAUCAUCUGGUGCUGCAACGGCAUGUAAGUGACCGGAGACUCUCGAAAUGUCCCUCGGUCUCUACAUGGGUGAUCGGCGUGAUGUGUGUCUGUGUCUGACUCGUUGCAGUAUCAUUACCAUCAUCAUUUUUCUGAUCAUGGUGGCCUACAUGCGCCUGGAGGCGGGGGAGGACUGCACACACGAACUAGAGACACUCAAGAGACUACGGGUAAGUCUAAUUCACCACCGAUGGAUGAGUGGAUGGUUGACACAUGUGUUUAUCCCUCUGCGUGUGUGUAUUUGGCUGCAGCAGGGCACACAGCCCGGUGUGAAGGGCAAAUGCGACCUCACCGACCCCAACAAGGUAUGCACACACCAACACAAAAGGACGUACCCACACCAACUCACCCACUCAUCGGUAUGUCUCCCUGUAUUUUGUGUCACAGUGUAUGAGUACAUCAAGAAGGAGUUCCCCAGCCUGACGCCGUGUAAGCACCAGUCAAACACACAUACCUGUGUGGUCCACACAUCCAUCCCCAUCGAUAUCAUGUGUGUCUCUGUCUGUCGUGUCUCACUCACCACAGUCGGCUUCCUGCUGUCGGCCAUGAUUAGCGGCGGGCAGAUGGUGUCCGAGUUCUUUACGAGCUGGCACAAGGCCAUGGGGAUCGUCCAGGCAUGUGACAACGACCUGCACCAGGUGAGUGCCUGCCACGAGAGACCCACACUCGCACACCGACAGACAUAGAUUGAUGCUGUGUGUUGUGUUGUGUUGUGUGUGUGUCAGGUGGUGAGGCACAUUGAGGCCAACUGCAGAGGCCCGUUCCCCCGCCAGCUACCGGAGCUGCUGAUGGAUGAGAUCAACUCUCUCCUGGCGCAGCCGGUGCUGGCGGGAACGAACGACAAGGGCGAGGAGGUACGCACACCGAGAGCCGUGAAAGCAGACACACAUACAUAUAGCUCACCACUCACGCGUCUGUCAUUACUUAUGCAGCUGGUAAGGUCAUUCAUACCUAUCUCGAAGAAAUACUGGGCCGCCUACCUCAGCGUGGAGCUAUACGAACGCCCCAAACAAGACUUCAUCCGCCUGGGUAUGCAUGUGUCACGCACCACCUGACUGCCCAUGUUUUUUAUCUGUGUCUCCUAUUGGUGUGGCAUGUGCAGGCGUUGGUGUGCCCUGCCAGGUGACAGUCCAGCAAUACAACAAGGGCAUCCCCGCUGCCGUCCGUCCCACCGCCCUGCCGCCAUCACACCUGUCCGACGAGCAGCUCGCCGCCCACGCGGCACUAGGCCGGAUCCGCGCUCCCGAGGCCACCGAGCACCUGGAGCGGCGGCGUGCCCGCCAGGCUGCUCAGACAGUCAAUCUGGCCGUCACUGAUGGCGCCAAGGAGGAUGCGGGAGAGACUUAG